AGACAACUAUCUCACAUAAGCAUCUUCUUGAACAGAGUGACCCAGCUCGCUUAAGCAUUAAUGAAGUACACGACAGAGGUUACGUGUUUGUGGAGUCUCGGUUUGCUGGUAUAGUGUCUCGGGAACAAGAGUUGUAUGAUCUAGCCCUCUCUGCACUCCCUAACCAGACUAUCUCUAUUGUUGUGGAGAGUCAAGGGCGAAUAUGCUACGGUUCACAAAUUAAUGAUUUUAAGGGACUGACUACAAAUGUAACAAUAAAUGGUAACACUUUGGAAAACUGGAAAAUGGUCCCGAUACCACUGAGCAAUGUGCCUCGUCUCUCCUCUGCUCUUAAACGACUUAAAUUCAAAGUAACGACAAGUGGAAUAUCUCCACAAGAACUACUGGCAACUCCUCAAGGUGGAAUGACUUUCUAUGAAGGCUCAUUCAAUGUACCUGAUGAUGACUCACACCCACAAGACACAUUUCUUCGUCUGGAUGGCUGGGGAAAGGGUAUAGUGUGGGUGAACGACUUCUGCCUUGGCCGGUACUGGCCAGAGGUUGGCCCUCAGGUGACAUUGUACAUCCCCAACGGUGUCUUAAUGAAAGGCCCCAACACCCUGGUGGUACUAGAGUAUGAAGUAUCACCCUGUGUGCUCCCUGAUUCGUGCUUACUUACUCUUCAAGAUAAACAUGUAAUUAAUGGACCCACUCCUGCAUAAAAGUUGAAAUAAAUACAGGUUCCCCUUGAAUUAUGCGAGGUUACAUUCCGAUGAACCCAUCAUGUCGAAAAUUAAUAUGAUCUGCUAAAUAAGUAAAUAAAUAACUACUGCCACUCAAUAAGUAAAUAAACAAAUAAUUACUGUAAAUACAUGCAUCAGUAUUGAAAAUUAAAAAAAAAUGUAUAUGAGUCAUGGACUUGCCACCUUCCUGCUGGAUAAUUAUCUUAAAGUUUAAUCUCCAAAGUAAUUGCUGUUGCACCAUCGUAAAGUUGAAAUGUCAUUAAGGGCGC